AUCAGAUUGUAGCUGAGAGAGAGAGAGCCCUGCGGUGUUGGGAAAGCUGCGUAAGUCCACUGAGACCACCCCGCCUUUCUCAAUGGGGGACAUAAGGACAUCUUUCCAGACUACCUACCCUGGAAUGCGUGGCACCAUUCCGAAUCCUUACCCACCAACAAGUUCCAUGGGUCUUCAUCCUCAACAACCUCUGGGUUUUUCAAAUGUAAGAAACCAAGUACAGACUGGGCAAGUUUCCUUCAUUACAUCUCCAGGAAUCUUCCCUAACAAUCAGCUGGGUCGAGAAAAUGUGCCAAGGGUAAAUCCAGCACCAAGAGCAGCAACCAGCAAUGUUAAAGAUGCUGCAGUAGCACUUGGGGGAGUGCAAAUCACAAUUGGAUUGAUGCACAUUGGCUUCGGAGUUGUUCUUGGGUUACUGAGCACCUCUUACUCUAAGACUUGGGCAUAUUACUCUACUGCUUUUAUUGGUGGAUAUCCAUUUUGGGGUGGAGUCUUUUUCAUUGUUUCUGGCUCACUCUCCGUAUCAGCAUUCAAGAAGUUCUCUGACCGUCUGGUGAAGAGUACCCUGAUAAUAAACAUUUUUAGCAUCAUUUCUGCCUUUGUUGGAGUGGUUCUGUUUCUGUGUGAUCUGAACAACAAUGGCCACUAUUAUCAAGACUACUGGAUGGUGCUUUCUGGGAGAGGAAUUGCAGGUGUGCUGGCAAUAUUUUCCUUGUUGGAAUUCAGCAUAGCGUGGGCCACGGCCUACUUUGCAUACCAAACUAUCCUCCAUGGCAACAGAUCUGUCCUGGUUGCUCCAACUGUGUAUACGGCCAACCACUUGAUGCAAGAGUCGUCCCCAGCUUCUCCUAUAUAUGACAACGUUCCAGAUUAUGCUGUUAGGCAGUAACAGGCAUGAAGAAUCACUGGUACAAUUUCAUGUAGUAAACCUUCUCUGAAAAUAAGCUGUUAUUUUGCUGCCCAUGGUGCAAAUCUAUUUAGUGCCUGUAUUUGGAAUUUGUUCCUAGGCUCAUGGCUAACAGUCACUGGGUUUUUAAUCAGUGCCUCUUUCUGCUUACCAUUACCCCACCACAGAGGAAAGACAAGAGGGCCGAAACCUAACUGCAGUGUUCUCAGCAUCACAAACAUUCUUUUCUCGUUAUCUUUUUCACAAUAAAAUGUCAUGGGGAACACA